AUGAGCUUCCAAAAGGUCGAUCCUGCGCAGAUAGAGAGCGUGCUCUCUAAGCUGACUCUGGAAGAGAAGAUCUCCCUGCUGGCGGGGAAGAACUUCUGGGAAACACAAGACUAUCCAGAAAAGGGGGUGCCACCUGUCAAGACUUCAGAUGGUCCCAACGGGGCGCGCGGUGCCACAUUCAAGGGAGGAGUAACAGCUGCCUGUUUCCCAGCGUCCUCUCUCUUAGCUGCGACGUGGGAUCUCGACGCGGCAAAGCACAUUGGAGAAGCAUUGGCUGACGAGACGCGCUCGAAAGGCGCAAGGGUUCUAUUAGCACCCACAGUCUGCAUUCAUCGCCAUCCUCUGGGAGGCCGCAACUUCGAAUCGUUCAGUGAAGAUCCUUUCCUUGCAGGAAAGCUCGCGGCGCAGUAUAUUAAAGGCCUUCAGGGCAACGGCGUCGCUGCAACCAUCAAGCACUAUGCCGCGAACGAGCAAGAGACCUGCCGAUUCACAGUCAACGAACAUAUCACAGAACGAGCACUCCGAGAAAUCUACCUGAAACCAUUCGAGAUCGCCAUCAAAGAGUCGAACCCGCUGGCAGUUAUGACCGCCUACAACAUUGUGAAUGGAACCCACGCUGACUCGAACAAUUUUCUCUUGCGAGAUGUGCUCAGGGGAGAAUGGGGAUGGAAGGGUCUUGUUAUGAGUGAUUGGGGCGGUACCAACUCCACGGCCGACGCUCUGAAUGCUGGUCUUGACCUAGAAAUGCCCGGUCCUACAAGGUGGCGCAAGGUAGACGAAGUGCUUGCAGUCGUAAAGUCUGGUGCCGUGUUGGAGGAGACUAUCGACGAGCGCGCGCGCAACGUUCUGGAGCUUCUUGCUAAGCUGAAUUGUUUCGAAAAUCCUACUAUUCCAGAAGAGAAGGCCAUCAAUCGUCCUGAACACCAGAAAUUAAUCCGCUCCGUGGGAAGUCAAGGCCUCGUCCUCCUCAAAAACGAGGGCGAUGUUCUUCCUCUGAGAAAAGAGAUAUUGACCAACAAGAAGGUAGCUCUUCUGGGCUUUGCGCGAGAAGCUCUCAUUCACGGCGGUGGCAGUGCUUCAGUCAAUGCACAUUAUCGAGUCACUCCAGAAGAGGGUCUCCGCGCCGCUUUAGGCGACACUGUUGAGUUUGAAUAUGCCAAGGGUGCACACACUUUCCGCCAGCUGCCCUUAAUGAGCGACAACGUUGUUAACCUAGAAGGCCAACCUGGUUGGACCCUAGACUUUUUUGCGGACGAGGAGCCCAACGGCGAGCCAGGCUCAUCGAUCUCGUCCGAGCAACCCAGCUAUAUACCGCUCUUUGUCAAGGAAUCAUGGGGAAGUGUCCGAGCCAGCGCCCAUUUCACACCCACGCAAAGCGGGAAACACUAUUUUGGCAUGUCUGGGUUGGGCCGGUCCAAACUCUUGAUCGACGGCGAGGUCAUCUACGAACAGAAGCUGAAUUGUCCGGACUCCAUGGGAUUCUUACUCGGCGGCGUGGAAGAGCCAGAAAUCCAGUAUUCAUUCGAAGCUGGAAAGACCUAUGCGGUCGAAGUGGUUUCGGUGAAACCCACCAGCAAGGGCGGUCUCGCUCUGCUGGACGGCUUCAUUGGUUUCCGUCUCGGGUUCAUGACCGAGGAAGAGCACAAUAGAGAUUUGCUGUCUGAAGCCGUCGAUGUAGCCAAACGUAGUGAUAUCGCAAUUGUCUUCACUGGCCAUACUCCAGAUUGGGAGACGGAAGGGCAGGACCAGAUAAGCUUCCACCUACCGUCCAACGGUUCCCAGGACCGGCUCGUGGCAGCUGUUGGAGCCGCCAACCCUAACACCGUUGUCGUGAACUGCACUGGCGUAGCGGUUGCUAUGCCUUGGUUGGACAAGGUCAAGGCGGUUGUUCAAGCGUGGUUCCCAGGACAGGAAGCCGGCAAUGCAAUUGCUGACGUACUCACCGGCGCUGUGAACCCUUCUGGACGUCUACCUGUGUCCUUCCCUCGGGCGAUCGAGGAUGCCCCUGCACACGGUAACUUCCCCGGUGACUACACAGACGGGAAGGACAACCGGCGCCAUCUCGAAGUUACAUACAAGGAAGGUGUCUUCGUGGGCUACCGGCACUAUGAUCUCUCUGAAGCCAACCGCGCCAAGGUCCUGUUCCCGUUCGGCUACGGUCUAUCCUACACCACUUUUACACAUGCGAAUCACAAAGCAAGUGCUACGAGCAGGAACACCGUCGAAGUGGCCGUGGAUGUCACUAACGUCGGCACCUGUGCUGGAGCUGAUGUUGUUCAAGUCUACGCUGGUGCAAAACUGGCAGUCCCAGAGAACCCAGUCAAAGAGCUAGUUGGUUUCGCCAAGGUACACCUCAAGCCGGGGGAGACCAAGACUGCCAAUAUCACAUUCGAAGUGCGCCAACUGACUCACUUCACGGAGAGGAGCGGCAAGUGGGAGCUGGAAUCAGGCGACUAUGAAAUAUCAAUCGGUCAGUCCGUGAGGGAUAUCACUGGCAAGGUGGAGAUUGGUCUGGAAGCCCAGAAUUAUAAACCUUGA